AAGGACUUGUUGGCGAAUGGCGAACUUGGCACGGCAAUUUGUGUUUUGUUCAUGGAAUUAGUAGGUACCUACUCCUUUUAUUAUUUUUGAAUAUUUAAGCUUUCUUCGUGUCGAGAUAAUAUUUUUUUACAAAGAAGGCUGAUUUAUAUUGAAGUUACCUCUUAAAAAUUGUAACUGUUUCGAUGGCUACGUUAUUAGAAGUCCUUAUCCAGGCUUCUGAAAAAGCUGCAUCCAUUGCGAGGUCCUGUUGCCUUGAAGAAAAUGAACAUCUUCUGGUGGCUGAGAAAUGUGAAAGAGAUGCGAAUGCUCGGUUCGAUAAAGACUUCAAGACUAUAGCCGACGUUCUAGCCCAAGAAUCUGCUAAAACUGAAAUAGCUACGCGGUACCCAGAACUCGCUCAACAUGUAAGAGGUGAAGAAUGCUCCGAGAUAGGCGGAGUAAGCAUCAAACUUGAAGAAAACGUUGUAAAAACAGCAGAAAUAUUAAGUGGGCUUGUACCUUUAAAAGUAGCUGAAAGAAUGGCAGCUGCAGCUCAUAAUGAUGUAGAUAUAUUAUUACAUGACUUACCAAAAGAAUUGCCACCAAUCGAUAUUGCUGAUCUAGGCGUUUGGAUUGAUCCAAUUGAUGCCACUGCUGAAUUCAUUGCUGGUGUUCGCGGAGAAGCUGAUGCUGAUCAUGGUCUUCCAUGUGUAACAGUCCUUAUUGGAGCAUUUAGGCGAUCUACUGGAGAACCUGUUAUUGGAGUUAUCAACCAGCCAUUCUUCCGAGGUAAUAAGGGUCGCAUUUUAUGGGGCAUAAGUUAUGAGGACUACAAAGCAUGGGGGUGUAGUGAUAAGGACAUUCAUACCAACACCAACACAGUAUUGAUGAGUGGAGCUGAAAAUCAGGAUAUCAUUGAAAAAGUGAAAAAAUCUGGAUGGGAAGUGAUGUCUUUGCCUGGAGCAGGAAAUAAACUCAUGAAAGUUGCAUUAGGUGAAGCAGCAAUGUAUAUUGUGUCAAAAGGAACAACAUUCCGGUGGGACACCUGUGCCCCGCAUGCUAUACUUAGAGCUAAGGGUGGUGACCUAAUAACAUACACUAACAAGUCUCCUAUCACCUAUAAUGUUCCUGAGAGUGAUAACAUGCAGACUUAUUGUAACUCUGGUGGCAUCAUUGCAUACACCAACCCAGAAUUUUUUGAAAAGUUUCUGAAGUAAUUAUUUACUGUAAACUUUAGUAGGUACCUGAAAUUGUAUGAUCUCACUAAUCUGUAAGUGUUGUGAAUGUGCCAAGUGCCCUUUUAAAUUUUAGUCAAUAAGCUAGUCACAAAUAAGUUUAAUGUUGUAUUAUAAAGAAUUGUCUAUCAAUCAUUAUUCAUAAUUAUGUCCUAUUUUAUUAUUCAUUUCUUUAUUAAAUCAUUGACUUUUUUUACUAGAAACACAGAAUUAGUCUUGUUUAUUAUCUUUUUACUUCUUCUAUAUAAACUUAAUGUAUUCAAUAUUUGUAACAAUAAAACAUUGUCAUUUAA